UACGUCUCCGUACGGGGCGUGGCUAUAUUGCAUUCACUUACUCAUACGCAACUUUACUACACUUUGGUACAGAGUCACGCUUCUGCAUACACCGGCAAAAUGGACAUGAGUGAAGUAGGACCACAGACAUAUCUCUACGGAUGCGAACUCACAGCUGGAAAAGAUGUGAAGUUCAUUCCAGAGGACGAGGAUGUGGAGCACCAGUUGUCCAUUAGAAUGGUGUGUGUCGACCCAAGCACGAAGGAUGACCUGCAUCUUGUGGAGGUGGAGGGAACGGGUGCGGAGGGAAAUAAAGUCACAGCAGUUCUGGCAGCCCUUAAGCCUUCCACCUCGCCCAGCGUGUGUGUGGGUGGUUUUGAAAUUACACCCCCGGUUGUAUUCAGGUUGAAGUCGGGAACAGGCCCAGUGCACAUCAGUGGACAGCACUUAGUCAUGAUGCCAAGCUUUGAUGAGAUGUCGGAGGAAGAGGAGGAGGAGGAGGAGGCGGGCAACUCUCUGAAGCGAAUGGCACCUGCUGGAAUGAGGCUUUCGAAAAGGAUGAGGAUGGAGGCUGAUGAUGACGACGAUGAUGACGAUGACGAUGAUGAUGAAGACGAGGACGACGAAGAGGAUGACGACGAGGACGAAGACGAUGAGGAUGAAGAGUCUCCAGUGAAGCCAAAGAAGGCACCAUCCAAACCACAGACACCUGUAGCGCAGAAUGGCAAGUCACACAAGCCCGGCACGCCUUCAGGCAAACAGCAGAAAACCCCGGACAACAAGGGUAAGGACGGCAAGAAGCCGCAGACGCCCAAAACCCCCCAGACGCCACGCGCUCCCCUCUCCGUGACCGACUUGAAGGCCAAAAUGAUGGCGUCCGUGCAGAAGGGAGUGACGCUUCCUAAACUUCAGCCCAAGUUUGAGAACUACAUGAAGAACACCUUCAAAGUGUCCGACUCCAAGACCAUUGCUGACCUGUGGAAGUGGAGACAAACAGUGGACAAAUGAUCAGCAUUCACUCGUCCCUUAUUCGGUUGUCAUUUUUGAUAAAUUAUUGUUUUUCACCCCGCCCUUUUGUUUCGUUUAUUGUUUUGUUUUUGUUUUGUUUUAUCCACCCCCACCUUGGAGCCGUGGUUACGUAUUCUUAAUCACCACAUGAUCAGUCUGCGUCAGAUUGAGAUACAGAAAGCUGUCUACACGUCCUCUCGGAUUUUACCUUGCCAUCCUGCCAUCAGCCUUAUUUGCCAGAGAACUGACCUGCAAGAGAAGGAAGGGGAAUCCAGUCCAGUACUUUUUAAAUCAUUGUUUUGAAGAUCAAUUGUGCGAAUGGACCUCAUGUUUGUUAAUGUUUCUGUUGUCGAUGGAGGUCCGUUGACUAUUCCAGUGUUUUUUUUUUUUUUUUUUUUUUUUCCCCAAAAAGUUCAUAGUCUGUGUUUCCCUUUGUCAUGUUUGUUUGGUUAAUUAUGUGUUUCUGUAACAACUGGUCCAUGUUGGCUGAAUGAGUUUUUAUAUGUGCCCUGUUGGGCACUAAGACCCGUUUGGGGGUUGUGAGGGGAUUGGGGAGGGAGAUGAAUAAAUAAUUCCACUGAA